AUGUCGUCGCCGAGCAAAAGCAUUCUGUCCUCCAUCGCACCGAGCGAGUACGGCAACGAUGAGCCGGAUGAAAAGCGUCAGCUUCGUCAUCCAUCUCGGCUUUCGUCCUCGCGCCACACAGAUGCUACGUUCAAGUACUAUCUGCUUGAUCACGUUGAUCGCGAAACCGAGGUGGCGAUGCGCAUGGCCCUCCAGCUCUGUGCUGAAACUCAGGGCGACAGUCUCUUGCUUCAGGACCAAUACGUUCCUGCGCUCGCGGAAAGAUUUCCGGAAUACCGAGAGGCCAUGCAACCGCCUCAGACCCAGACCCGCCGUGUUCUCCCUGGUGCUCUGACGAGCAGCACGUCGUUCAACACGCCGCUUGCGAAAUGUGUCAACGACACCCCAAAGGCCGGUCUCCGAACAAAGGUGUCUGCGCUCGAGACGCCGUGCAAAUCGUCAUGCGCACGGGCAGAUCGCGAACGAGGGCUCGGGAAUCGGAAAGACCCGACAUCGCCAGAGCGCCCAGCCCGGCCUCGACGAUCUGGAACGCGAGCAGAUCCCAUCGUCAUUUCCUCGCCUCCACAGACGCCGGAGAGGAGCCCCGCAUUCCGAUCGAGGGCCGAGCGUACCCUCGAUCGCGAAAGACGACAAAGCAACAGACGACCCGAUCCAGGCAGUCCGACUCCAGGCAGACGGCGAGGCGCUCAAGAGCCGGCACCUCUCGACUAUAGCAGCUUCGGGGCUCCUGGUUCAGAGCUCCCGGUAUUCACUGUGGAGUCCUUGAUGAAGAACGAAGUACUCGCCACACUGGCGACGCUCGUCGUUACUCGCAGGGCGAAAAAGGAAGAGGCAGCCAUGAGGGAGCGCGAAGCCAAUGGUACCUUGACACUCCGCGACCAGCGCAAGAUACAGGCGCGACUCGAUAAGGGGCGCAGCAAGGGUCACUGGAAGCUGGACAAGGAAGAGACGGCGGUCAAGGUACGCUCCUUAGUGACCUGGGCAAUUCGCAUUAUCAUGGAGGAUGGUGGCCUGAUCUGCAUUCCCGCUCCGUUUGGGUCGAAAGCAGAAUCCUACCUGCCUGUGCUUCCGGAACUGCUUGCGCCGCUGAUGGUCCCGCUCGUGCGCCAGGAGAAGGCGCGCCUCAGCAACGUGUUUCGAAGCAAGGCGGAGCGACAGCGCGGUGUCAACCUCGAGGCGGAUAUCGUAAGCAAUGUGAGCCGGGCGUUGAAGAAGUGGGGGGACGGGCGGUACGAGCACGUUGGGGACUGGGCCGUGGGCGAGGCGUACGAGUGGGGCAAGAGCCGUGGAUUGUACUAG